AUGGAAAUAGUUGAAACCGAGGUUGAAACCUGUUCUAAUAUUGAUAAUGGUGACAGUAAUUUGAAAAAAUAUAACAGUACUGCUAUUGAAAAUGAAAGAGAAAAUCUGAAUAGUGAUAAUGAUGUCAAUGCUUCAAAACAAGACAAUGAAAAAAAUCAAGUUAAUACAAUUGAAAAUGUUGAUACCAUGGAAAUAGUUGAAACCUCUUCAAAUAUUGAUAAUGAGGCUACUGAUAUGUUUAUAAAACCUAGAAGUAUUAAUUUUACAAGCUUUUGGUCAUUCCAUCCUCAUCAACCGAAAACCAACAUUCCAUUCAGACCUUCAAAAUUGUACAACCGUAAGGAUGGAGGUCAUCGUAAAUGGAUAUCUUAUUGUGUUAAGAAAAAAGCUUUAUUUUGCAAUAUAUGUCUUUGUUAUGGUGAUGGUUCUGGAUCAUUUUCCAAAGGAUUUUCUGUCUGGAAACAUGUAUAUGAGCGAGUCAGUGAUCACGAAGAAACAAUAACACACAAAUUAAAUGUUGAUGCUCAUUUGAUGAAAAAGCAAUUUUCCUCAGUGGAUUCACUUUUAACACACGGACUUGGUUCAAUAAGAAAAAUACAAGUUGAAAACAAUCGAAAUGUAUUACUUCGUCUUAUUGAUGUGUUAAAGUUAAUUGGAAAGCGCGGACUAAGUUAUAGAGGUAAAACAAAUGAGGCUGCUUAUUCACUCGACGAUUCUUCCUUAGACCAUGGCAAUUUUUUGGAAAUAACUUUACUUAUUAGUAAAUAUGAUUCCUUGCUUAAAUCACAUUUAGAUAAAGUUGUAAAAAAAAGUUUAAAAUGUCAUAAUUCUGGAGCCCAACAAGGAGGAGGUCAAGUUACUUUUUUAUCAAAAACUACAAUUAAUUAUAUUCUUGAAAUUAUUGCUAAAAAUAUCAAAUUUACAAUUUCUAAUGAAGUGAAAGAUGCUGUAAUAUAUUCUGUACAACUCGAUACAACACAAGAUGUACAGAUCAAUGCUCAAUAA